AUGUAUCUAUUGAACUUCUAUUUGGGCUUGGCGUUGGCCUUUGGCCCAUUAACAUUAUGCUGGACUCCUUCCGCGGCUGCGCACAAACGCGGCGGUGAGCAACAAGAAGUGAAAGACAAGCUAGGAGCAGUCGCUUCGGAGAGCACGGUCUGCAGCAACGUUGGUAUCGAUCUUAUCAAGGAUGGUGGAAAUGCUGCAGAUGCUUUGGUGGGCACGGUGUUCUGCAUAGGGGUAAUCGGGAUGUACCACAGCGGACUUGGAGGUGGCGGCUUCAUGAUCGUACGCGGCAGCAAUGGCUCCUACGAGUUCAUCGAUUUCCGUGAGAAAGCUCCCGCUGCAGCAUUCACCAACAUGUACAACAACGACACAGACUUGUCUCUUUAUGGAGGCCUUGCGAGCGGUGUACCUGGCGAGCUUCGCGGCCUCGAAUACUUGCACAAACACUAUGGCAAACUACCCUGGGCGCACGUCAUGGGACCAGCCAUCAAUGUCGCGCGUAAUGGCUUCACAGUCACCCAAGAUCUGGUCGAUUAUGAGGAAGAAGCUAUUGGAAGUGGACCUAAUUUCUUGGCUGAGAACCCAAAUUUUGCUAUUGACUUUGCACCAAAUGGAACACUACUCGGUCUGAAUGAGACCAUCACAAGGCAGCGCUAUGCAGACACCCUUGAGACCAUCUCGAAAAGAGGCGCUGACGCUUUCUACACCGGGCCUAUUGCGAAUGCUACCAUUCAGGCGUUGAAAGCCGCUAAUGGGAUGAUGACGCUUGAGGAUCUAAAAAACUACACUGUGGCCAUACGGAAGCCCGCCCAAAUUACAUACCGAGAUUACAAGCUUACGGCGUGCUCUGCGCCAUCAUCAGGCACAGUCGCCCUGUCGGUCAUGAAGACCAUUGAGGGCUAUAGUGAGAUUGGUGAGGCUGCGACCCUGAACCUUAGUACUCAUCGUCUCGAUGAGGCAAUCAGGUUUGCCUAUGGGGAGCGAGCGUACCUGGGAGAUCCAUUAUUCGUUCCAGGCGUUGACGAAUAUCAGCAAGAAAUGCUCAACGAGACCACUGCUGAGACGGUGAGGAGUAGAAUCUCGGACUUUCACACCCUAAACGUCUCUGCGUAUGAUCCUACUGGGUUGGAAUCCCCCACAACGCAUGGAACCUCCCACAUCGUCACAGCCGAUGCCUCUGGUAUGGCCGUCUCGCUGACCACAACCGUAAACCUACUUUUCGGCAGCCAGCUUGUAGUGCCCGAAACCGGCGUGAUUAUGAACAAUGAGAUGAACGACUUCUCAAUCCCUAAUCAAUCGAAUGCUUUCGGCUACGCGCCCUCGCCUGCCAAUUUCAUAGAGCCGGGCAAAAGGCCGCUAUCUUCCAUCUCCCCGACUAUCGUUGAAUAUCUCGAGAACGGCACGCUUUAUUUUGUCAUCGGCUCUGCGGGCGGAAGUCGUAUCAUCACUGCAACAGUACAGAACCUUUGGCAUGUCCUUGAUCAGAACGAGACGGUCAAGGAAAGUUUGGCGGAACCGAGACUCCACGAUCAGCUAAUACCAAACACCGUAUCAUUCGAGUACGCUUAUAACAACGAAACCACAGCUUUCAUGAAAAGCCUUGGGCACAACGUUACAUGGGUGGCUCCUGGUCUGUCGACUGCCCAAGGCUUGCGAAGGUUGCCGAAUGGCACGUUCGAAGCCGCGGGAGAGCCAAGGCAGCAUAAUUCGGGUGGAUUUGCUAUAUGA